GCGGGCUCCUUAGAGCGCCGAACAGCUUUGGCCGAAGGACCAUGAGAGGGCCGGAGCCGGGUCCCGAGCCAACGAUGGAGGGGGACGUGCUAGACACACUGGAGGCACUAGGGUACAAGGGACCACUGUUAGAAGAGCAAGCCCUUACUAAGGCAGCAGAGGGUGGACUAUCUUCACCUGAAUUUUCAGAGCUCUGUGUUUGGUUAGGCUCUCAAAUAAAAUCAUUAUGCAACUUGGAAGAAAGUAUCACUUCAACUGGGAGAGAUGAUCUAGAGAGCUUCCAGCUUGAAAUAAGUGGUUUUUUAAAAGAAAUGGCAUGUCCGUAUUCUGUACUCAUAUCAGGAGAUAUUAAAGACCGUUUAAAAAAGAAGGAGGACUGUUUGAAACUUCUAUUAUUUUUAAGUACAGAACUUCAAGCCUCACAGAUAUUACAGAACAAGAAAUGUAAAAAUUCUCAAUUAGAUAAAAAUAGUGAAAUUCAUCAGGAAGUUCAAGCUAUGUGUGAUACCCUUGGUGUACCCAAGUCAACAACUUCUGACAUUCCACUUAUGCUAAACCAAGUGGAAUCAAAGGUGAAAGAUAUUCUCUCAAAAGUCCAGAACAAUCAUGUGGGAAAGCCACUGCUGAAAAUUGAUUUAAAUCCGGAACAGGCGCAACAGUUGGAAAGAAUCAAUGAUGCUCUUUCCUGUGAAUAUGAGUGCCGCCGGCGAAUGUUAAUGAAACGACUAGAUGUGACAGUACAGUCCUUUGGAUGGUCUGAUAGAGCAAAGGUAAAAACAGAUGACAUAGCAAGGAUUUAUCAGCCUAAGCGUUAUGCUUUGUCCCCCAAGACAACAAUUACAAUGGCACAUCUGCUUGCUGCUCGUGAAGAUCUAUCCAAGAUCAUUAGGACAAGUAGUGGCGCUAGCCGGGAGAAGACAGCAUGUGCCAUUAAUAAGGUGCUGAUGGGAAGGGUGCCUGACAGGGGAGGACGGCCAAAUGAAAUUGAACCACCGCCGCCUGAAAUGCCCCCUUGGCAAAAGAGACAAGAAGGCGGCGGAAGGGGUGGUUGGGGUGGUGGAGGUGGUGGUAGAGGAGGAGGUGGUGGGGGUGGAAGAGGAGGCUGGAGGGGUGGAGGGUGGGGAUGGGGUGGGGGAGGAGGAGGGUGGGGAGGAGGAGGUGGUUUCCAAGGCAGGGGAGAUUAUGGUGGGAGGGGAGAUUAUGGUGGAAGGGGAGGCUAUGGUGGAAGAGGGGGUUAUGGUGGAAGAGGUUAUGGAGAUCCAUAUGGAGGAGGAGGUGGUGGUGGUGGUGGAUAUAGAAGAUAUUAAAAAUCACAAAAAUUAGAUAGCAGUGCUUACUUCUGGAUACAUUAGACAUAGUGUUCUAAAUAACACUUGAAUAUCAUCUUUGAAGUAAACACCAUGUUAGACUCCCUGAUGGUAUCAUUCUUGAAUUGGGUUAAUAUGUAAUAACAUUGUUUUAUACUACCAGUUGAUCUCUUAGAUGAAGUGAUAAUUUUUCCAUAUCUGUAUCCUUAAGCAUGUCGUGACUUUUUAAAAAACAAAAAAGGAACAAAAAUUAUUUUUAAAAAUGUAAAUAUUUAUUACCAUCAAACUUGGAAAAUGGAAAGUAUUUUAUUGUCAUGAUUAAAUUUAGACUGUUACCUGUAUUUUGUUCAGGUUUGAAACACAUAAAUGACCCCACCUCUAAUGGAAAGGAAUAUAGACUCUUGCCUCUUCUGUAUUCCUGUGGAUGUGUUUUGUGUUUUUUAAUUUUACUUUAUAAAAUAGGGAAAGGAACUGAUAGUUGUGUCCAAUAGGUAGUUAUCGUUAUUUGGUUUUUUCUAUUAUAGGAAGAGAUUCCUUUGACCAGGUUUCUGUUAAAGUUCUAUUAAUUGAAGCCCAAGUUUGCUUUUUACUGUGCAUAUUUGAUUUAUUUUCUAAUUGGAUUUGAAAUCUAUGAGAUUUUGUUUGAGAAAACAAAGUUUAAGAUUGAGGUCAGAAUUUAACAGGACAAAGAUAUGUUCUAAUUUUACAUGAUGGUGUGAAAAAUAUUCUUGUAAACGGGUCUCUUCAUCAUUUAUGCCCUCACUUUUGAUAUCUGAAUGUUAAAAGGCAAGCUGAGCUGUAUCACAUAGAAUUAAAGCAGUAAUUUUCAGUUUGAAUAGAUCAGGUUUAGGCCUCCCUUGAUAAUUCUGAUUCACAGCUAGCUUUAGCAAA